AAAGCCUUUGCAGAACUGAAUCACUGCAGCUGAACCCACACUAUGAACUAAUAACCUCUGUAAUCAUUUUUGAAGUAUUAUUCUCUUUUUUUUUGUAAAUGGGAGUUGGUAACUGAAAGAAUCCUGCCAAUUGUAUUGGAGAGAUUUGAACAAAAGGAGGAAUUGCUUCACAGCCUUAUGACACAGCAUCUACAGCAAGUGAUGAUGUGGCACAAAGCAGUUUUUUUAAUUUUACUGGCAAAUCAGAAGAGGGGCCAAGGCUGUUAUUUUGUGUUGCCUUCCUGCAAGGCUCCUUACCACAAAAUAUGGCUUAGACAGACCUUUUGUUCCUCCAGCUGGGGUAGGCUAUGUCUCAGAUGAUUUCACCAGCACAAGAAUUCGCUGCCCUCUACAACCAGAACUUCUCCGACUUCCAAAGAGUAAGUUUUCUUGGUCACAACAUAUAAAUUUAAAUAUGGGGAUUCUGAGUCACCUGUCAAUCCUCCACCUCCUCUGGGCUGCUUUGGUUCUUUGUCAGUAUGAAGACUAUGAUUUUGAGGAUGAAUAUGGUGGGGAGUCAGAUCAUCAAGUUCCAUAUUAUUUUAACCCAAAUACCCAAGCUGAAGUUCCUCAUGUUCCUUUUCCAGUUGAGUGUGCCAAAGAAUGUUUUUGUCCACCAGCUUUUCCCUUAUCCAUGUACUGUGACCACCGGCAACUCAAGGCAAUACCAAAUAUCCCCAGUCAUGUCCAACAGCUUUAUCUGCAAAACAACAACAUUGAAGCUGUGCCUGCAGGACCAUUCACCAAUGUUACCUUUGUAAGGGAAAUUAACCUCAGCUACAACAACAUUAAAUUCCAUAUGAUUGAUCAUGGUGUUUUUGCCAAACUUUCGAACUUAGUGCAACUUCAUUUACAACAUAAUGAAUUAGAAGAAUUUCCAUUCCCUCUGCCCAGCUCUCUAGAGAGGCUCCUCCUUGGUUUCAAUAAAAUUUCCCGCUUACCUGGAAAUGCAUUGCAAGGACUGCCCAACAUGACCAUGCUUGACCUUUGCAAUAACUUACUUGACGACUCAGUAUUCAAAGAAAAACCCUUUUCAAACAUGAAAAAUUUAAUGCAGCUCAACUUAUGCAACAACAAAUUACAGACAAUGCCUCCUGACCUGCCACCAUCACUUCGGCAUCUUUCUCUUGAAAAUAACUCCAUUUCUCACAUUCCAGAAAACUAUUUCACCAGACUUCCCCAAAUCAUUGCUAUAAGAAUGUCCUACAAUAACCUGCAGAACAUUCCACAAAAUACCUUUAAUCUACCCAACCUUCUAGAACUUAAUCUUGGACAUAACAAACUGAAGGAAGUGUUCUAUAUUCCAAGAAGUUUGCAGCAUUUGUACAUCGAAGACAAUGAAAUUGAAACCAUCAAUGUUACUGUGAUGUGUCCAACCCUGGACCCACUGAACAUCAAGCAAUUAACCUACAUACGGGUGGAUCAGAACAAGCUCACGAGCCCCAUCAGCACCUAUGCCUUCUUCUGCUUCCCUCUCAUCAGAACCAUUUAUUAUGGAGAGCAAAAUGUCACUGUCAGCAGGCCAACCGAGCUCAGAACACCAGUGUUCCGCCGCUUUCUAACACCAGAGGAAUUCCAGGAAGCAGAAGACAAUCAAGAAACGCUCAAUCAAGAAACUGAAGAAGAUCAUGAAGCAGAAGACAGCUACUUUCAACCUUACUAUCACUGAAGUAAUCACUGUUAAUAAGUAUAUGUGGAAACUUUUCAUUAGUCUGGGUUAUUCAUAUCUAUCCUAGAACAACUGAGCAGUUUGGGAUACUCAAGAUGCAUCUGUGGAGAUAAGAGUUUAAAGUAGGUAAAUGUCCUAUUAUUGGUGUAGGAACAAAGAGCACUCAACUGAGCAUUAGAUAAAGGUCUGACACAGAACCUGUGUUGAUGAUGGGCUCACCUUUGGGUGAGCAGACAAAGUGAAAGAAAAUUGACCUGAAAAGCUUCUCUGUUCUAAAGUGACCCAAUUGCAAAAUUACUAAAACACAAAUCAGUGUCAUAAUUCAAUAGGAACAGGUGAUUAAGGCCAAAAAUCCAUCCAGCUCUACAUCCUACUGCUGAGAGCAGAAGCCAAGAGAUGCUCUAGAGAAAAGGACAAGAGAUUGAGAUUACAAAGUAUUUCUACAAGGUUUCUCCACAU